CCAUUUUUUGGGCUGGCCAAACAUAAUGGCGAGAAGCUACAGUUAGUUUUGGCGUGGUUGUGUCGGUUUUGUGAGGCACAUCACACGUACCAAUCCAUCCAUCACGCCACCCUUACCCCGGAUAGACAGUCUGUGCGAGAGAUCGCCCCGAUCCGAAGGAGACACGGAUUACUCUAACCCCUGUACAGUCCACAGCGUACAGAGCACAUUUUGAGUAGGUGAUUGGGUGCGUGUGUGACUGACAGAUCGUGAUGGCCGGUGUUGCGGUCAACGAGGUGAGAGAUGUGAGUGAGGGAGAGUUGGAGGAUGGAGAGGUCCUCAGCAGCGAGGGGGAAGAUGAGGGCGAGGUGGAGAAGGAAGAGAACGCUGAUCAGGACACACAGCAAGAAAACGACAAAACCUUCGAUAAACAGGAGAGUUCGACUCCGGUGAUUGGAACAAAACGACCCACAGAAGAGCAUUCCUCUAUUGAUGCUCCGGAUCCAAAGGCGGCCAAGUUUGAGCCAUCUGACCUGCCCCCUGGUGAGGGUGGUGAUGAUGGAGGCACAAGUCAGCCUCCUCGAAGCUCCGAUGUGGAAGAAGGUGAAAUUUUCUCUGAUGAUGAAGAAGCUGCCUACUUUUCCGCAGAGGAUAAAGUCUCGUGGCACAACGGGUACUGCAACCGUCGUACCGAGCGAUGCAAGUGGAUCGGAGGAUAAGAAGACAAAGUCGUCUCGCUGGAGAGGAACUUCUAACUCCCCCGAGAGAGAUUCCUCACAGCAGAGGUCGUCGAGAAGACACAGGUCGAGGGAGAGGGGAAAAGACAGCGAACCAAAGAGUUUGGCCUCGCUUUUCUUCGAGGAUCGGGACGGGACCCCGAGCGAGCAGUCGGACGACGGGAGAGAGGGAAGGGGGAGAAGGAAGGGGGAGAGAUUCAGACACUCGAGCAGUCCGGGUUCUUCCUCGUCUCGCUCGGGCCGAGACAGAGACCGUGACCGUUUGUCGUCGACUCGAGACCAGCGGGACCGACGAGGGGGGGAGGGUAGGAGCCACUACCGAACCACCAAAGACUCCCACAAUCGCCAUGGUGGUGGCGAACGUGAGAAGGACUGGGAUCACGAUAGCAACGGCGAGAGUAGCGAAGAAGAGACAGCGUCUUCUUCGUGGUCACAAAGCAAAGGUGGCAAAGGGUAUUCUCACCACCACAGGAGAGGACGUAGGGGUGGCGGGGGCCACUACCAGCCAAAGUUUGGCCAGAAACACGACCGAUUCGGGGCUGAUUCCAGGGGGUCUGGAGGAAGAUCGGGGGGUCGGGACACAUCCAACUGGGGUUCAGGGAAGAUGGCGGCCAAGGAGCUCCAAGCACAGGCAGAGAACGUGAGAAAACGGAGAGAGAAAGGCCUGUCGCUGCUCCAAACACCAAAGAUGAAACCGAGCGAUAAUCUCGAUGAGUUCAACUACCCAGCGCCUCCCUCCUGGUACCUGGAGGCCGUGGAGAAGUGGGAGAAGGAGAGGGAGGAGAAGGAUAAAGCGGGAGCUGUGGGGAGUCAGGAGGGGGGAGCGGGUGGUAGAGAGUCCUUGACUAUCCAACAACCUCAACUGUUGGUAGCAGCUGCAGGCAUGCCUCAACCUCAGCCGCUCUUCCCUCCCUCGACUCAGUUCAUAUAUACACAGCAGCAGAACCCUAUGGCUGAUGUAACCAACACAUCUCUUCUCGGUGAACCUCCGCGACCGCUCAUACCGGUCGCUCAAAUCCUUCCCGCGGGUCUCCAACCACCGAUGCCACCUCAAAUACCCAGUCUCUUCCCCCCACCCCUUCCCUCUCUAGUGCCACCUCUACAACCGCAGCCCCUUAUCCAGCCGUUGUCUUUAGUCCCCCCACCACCUCUAUCCCUGGUCCUGCCUAUUCCACCACCCAUCUAUCCCUCUCUGGGGUCAACAGCAGUGACGUUUAACGCUGCAGCACCACUUCAGCCGCAUGUAGCAGGAGGCGGACCUCAAAUGGUUGCAGUGAGCAGUGGGGGAUACGCUGGGGCGGCAUUUCAAUUGGGGACUGCUGGAGUUGCAAAUGAGGAGGAGAGGGGAGGAGGAAAAGCAGUUGUGUCCACAGUUAGGGUGUCCUCUUUGGCACUGGGCAUAACAAAUACGCUAGGAGAGGGAGGAGCGAAGGAGAUGGAGGUGGAGGACGAGGAGGAGGACGAGGAGGGAAGAAUGAAGAUAGCUCUCGAGACGCCAACGCCGCAACCGUCUGCGACGGGCGCCAAGACUUUCUCUUUCUUUCGUGCUGAGUCUACAGGUGAGUCUGACACAGACAGAGGGGCCGCGGUUGACAGAGGUUCCCCGGGCGCAGAAAAGGAUAACAGUGUAAAGUGUGAGAAAGAUACCGAGCCUACUGAGAACACCUCUGCUUCGGACGACAGGGACGAAAAGAAAGAGGGUGAAGAUAAAAUGGAAGUCGAUGUCCCAACUAGUGAAAAAAGCCUCACAGUGUGCCCGACUGAGUCGUCACAGCCUGGAGCGACUGCAGGAACCAGUGGUGACCCCAGUGACCCUCUUCCUUUGUCUACCUCCAGUGCUCCUCCUGUCACAACUACAAACCCCACCAGCUCUGGUCCAGUGGCUUAUGCCGACAUAAAGACUUAUUCACCACCGCCACUUGCUCUGCUCCAGCCUCCAUCCUCCUCUUUUCCUUCUUCGCCUCCUCCUACCUCCCCUCUCCCCGCCCCUUCUUCCUCCACUGUCUCCACUGCUGCAACAACUGCUCCUGCUACCACUGUUGGUGGAUAUGACACUCCCCGUCCUACUGUCACCGCUACUAGUGCACCACUUCCUACUGCAAGUGGGCGCAGUGCUCCUCCUGCUACUAAUAGGGCAGCCGCUGCUAGUGGGUUAGGUGUCGGUUUCGAGGGGAGUAGGGGAGACAACGAACAGAAACACCAGAGACAGGUGCAGGAGGAGAGCGACAUGGAGGAGGGAGACUUCGACUAUGACAAGUACCUGGACCAGCUGGACGAGGAGGAGGACACGGAGGAGGUCCCGAGCUCGGCGCUGGUGGGAGCCAUCAGUGCUAGUCUCCUCCAGAACAAUCCGUUGGACGAGGAUUUCCCUGCAAUCAAUCCCUCCACCAACAGGAAGGACAAAACGCUAAAGUCGUUGCUAGUUGGCGAAAGUGGUCUUGAUAUUAGUGAAGAGAGCAGCAAGGGUUCUUCUAAAGGCAGAGGUUCAAAGUCAGAGCGUCGGAAACAGAAAGAGAGCGAGUGGUGGAGUAAACAGAGGAACAGCAAGAAGCCUCCCAGGGCCAACUCCCCGGCACUCAAACCGCCCUGCAAGUUCUACUUGAAUGGCUUCUGUAAACAGGGGGAAGAUUGUCUGUUCAGUCACGAAGGAUCCCCGCGGCCCAAGAACGAGAAGAAAGAGAGAUGCAAGUUCUUUCUCCAGGACACCUGCACCAAGGGAGACGACUGCCGAUUUUACCAUGGUGAAUUUCCAUGCAAGUUCUUCCACACUGUCUCGGGCUGUAAGAAUGGAGACAGCUGCAAAUUCUCACACGCUCCUCUAACUGAAGAGACCACUGAACUCCUCGCACAGGUACUAGAAACAGCAAAAGAAAACUCCCUAACCCAAAAUGGGCCAAGCCCAAAGCCCCCGUGCUGGGAUUCCCUCCAAGCCAAAAAUCCAAAA